AUGUCAGAUCUUCCAGGGGAAUUGGUAGAAGAAAUAUUAUCUAGGGUUCCAUUGACAUCUCUGACGGCAGCGAGAAGUACAUGUAAACCCUGGAACGCCUACUUGAGAUAUCGGAACCAGUUUAGUGGGUACGUGGUGAUAGAUUCUGAGCUUUUUUCACUGGAAAUCAAUAUCGAGCUUGAAAGAUUCCGUAUAAAGCAAGUAAGCAUAGUUAACCGCGAGAUAUGCGAAGUCUUUCAGUGGGACGGCUUGCUCUUAUGCGUCAUCGAAGACGAUAGGUGGCGCUUUGUGUGGAACCCUUACUUGAGGCAAAUCAAGUGGAUCAAACCCAUAAACGAUUCCCACAAAUUCCACACAUCAGACAUGUACGCUCUCGGGUACGAAGACAUGAACAACAACAACGGCCGUAACCACAAGAUCUUGAGGCUUUUGGAUGUUUCCAAGUGCUCAUCUCUCCUUCCUUUUUACGAAAUGUACGACUUUUACUCUGACUCGUGGAAGAUUCUUCAUGUGAACCCCGGGUGCAGUAUAAAAAGUGGUUGCGUGUCUCUCAAGGGAAACUCUUACUUUUUAGGGCAAGAAGAAGGAAAAUCAACUAAUAUUAUAAUCUGUUUUGAUUUUACAAAAGAGAGGUUUGGAAGACGUUUUGCUCUCCCGUUUGGGACAAGGAGUCAGGAAACGAAAACCGUGAUUCUGUCUUGUGUCAGGGAUGAGCAGCUCGCUGUGUUACAUUUAAGCAAGGAUCAUACAAUGGAGAUUUUUAUAAUAAGGAAUAUUCAGACGUCAUGGUCAUGGUCAUGGAGCAAAUUCUUGAGAGUGGAAUUGGAACCGUCGUCUUCCAUUGUGGAAGCUGUGUCUUUCGUCAUCCACGAGGAAAAGAAAAUCGCUCUUGUUUCCGAAUCGCACAAAUCUUCACGAGCUUGUAUCAUUGGAGUUGAUGGAUACUUCAAAUCAGUGAAUAUCAGAGAAGCUUGGAAACAUGGACUUGAAUGUUGUUAUAACCAGGUUGUUUUCUCUUCUUAUGCUGCAAAUUCAGUGGAACUACAUUCAAAUGAGUCCGGAGCAUCGCCCUGGUAUGGAUGGCUCCUUCCUGCAUCUAUGUUGUGA